GGAAGUUUAAAUGUAACGUUUCACGAAACCAAAGUGAAGCUCUUCUCUACAGCGACUUCUCCUGUAUUCAAUAUUAGCGGUAACCACCUGCUCGGUUCGGCAGUCCGCGGGAAUAUUUGGCGUUAAAAACAGUAAUGAAUAUAAUAUAACGACUAGCAGUCGUCUGUGUGGCGUUGUAAUGUUAAUGCAACGUUUUGUUUGGACAAAAUGUUUGUGUGGCUCCUAUUGUCUACCUGUUUAGCCUUACUGUUUCCUCUGGGACACACAGCGCUACCUCUCGUUAUCAAUACGUGGCCAUUCAAGAAUGCGACUGCUGCAGCUUAACCGCACAACUGUGUAAGAUCAGAGACGUAGAUGGGGAGAGGAAAUGGGCAGAACCCACCAUGGCUUCAUAACUGCCAUUGCCAGCAUGGAGUACCCUGCAGUCCGGUGGAUCAGUGUUGGAUGCAGUGGAGAGUGGCUGUGCCCGUUGUGAAAUGGAGCAGUGUGAUGGCAGUGUAGGCUAUGGUGGGAGCCCAGAUGAGUCUGGAGAGACCACGCUGGAUGCCAUGAUCAUGAACGGGGAUACAAUGGAGGUGGGUGCAGUUGCAGACCUGAGAAGAAUCAAGAAUGCCAUUGGAGUAGCGAGAGCUGUAAUGGAGCAAACUUACCAUACAAUGCUAGUAGGAGAGUCGGCCUCAGUGUUUGCUGAAAACAUGGGCUUCGUCGCAGAAGACCUGACUACCAACAAAUCUAUGAACAUUUUCUCACAGUGGCUGAAGGGCAACUGCCAACCUAAUUAUCGAAAGAAUGUGUUUCCAGAUCCUUCCAAGUCCUGCGGACCCUACAAGCCGAGGGCAACACUGAGACAGAACAAGUGGGCACAGCAUGCUAAUACACACUCCCACGACACCAUAGGGAUGAUCGCUCUUGACCAAGAUGGGCAUGUGGCUGCUGGUACAUCCACCAAUGGACUAACUCACAAAGUCCCAGGUCGAGUUGGGGACUCUCCUAUUGUUGGAGCAGGGGCCUAUGCAGACAGCUCAGCUGGUGCUGCAGCUGCUACUGGAGAUGGCGACGUCAUGAUGCGCUUUCUGCCAAGUUACUUGGCCGUGGAGCUGAUGAGGGCCGGGGCAGAUCCCUCGGCAGCCUGCAAGACGGCCAUUUCCAGAAUCAAGAGGCAUUACUCAGAAUUCUUUGGAGCCAUCAUCUGUGCUAACACAACAGGCCAUUAUGGUGCUGCCUGUAACAAAGUCCCUGGCUUCUCCCAGUUCCACUACAUGGUGUCAAACUCUGAGUCAGACACACCACUCCUGAAAUCUGUUGACUGCUUUUAAAUGGUGUAUGAUUGUGUGUAUCUCUUUUAUAUACAUAAAUAAAUUAACAGUCCAUACAGUAUUUUUAGAUAGAUGAUUCUGGUUUUAAUUCAUAAAUAAAAUGUAAUAAAAAAACGUGUCAUUGGAAAUUUGAA